AUGACCCAAACCGCCGACAUCAGCCUCAUCGAACUGCGUCCCGGGUUUGCUGCUGAGAUCACAGGCGUUGAUUUCGCCAAUGGCGUUACGGAAGACGCAUCUUGUUUUCUCCGGGAUGCAGUUACCAAGUACGGCGUGGUUGUCAUCCGUAGCACCAACCUGACCGACGACACACAUGUUGAGCUAGCCCGCACCUUCGGCGAACUAGACGACGUGACGCCCUACAUCGCCGCUGGACGGAAGAACCGGUUGAAGUACGAUGAGCUCUUUGAUGUUAGUAACGUCGAGGCGGAUGGGAGUAUCGUCGAUUCGGAGGGUCCGAAAGGACAGGCUAACAAAGUAACUCUCCCCUUCCUUCACAUUCGGUUCUAA